AUGUCAAAUCUUUUCCCCAACCUGUACCCAGACCAUAUUCUCCCUCAGAUUUCUUUCAAAUUCCAAACAUCGUCGGGUGCGGCUGCCAUCUCGACGGUGAUUUCCCCAUUGGAAAGCGAGCAACAACAAGCGGCAUUUCACUCACGGUGCACAGCCGCAAUCAUACACGCACUCAGGCGCUGUUUCCCGCGUCGGGACGGUGAGGCGACGAAAGCCGAUCACAGAAAGCACAAGCUACACCAAUCCGGUGCCAAAGGCCUCGUCGUGGUCGAAGUCGCGGCUUCCCCAUCGGGAAGCGCGCCCACCGGCUGCGCGGCACGCAUUUUCGGCUUUGUUGGCGGCGGUUGGCGUUGUUCCCGUCUCGGUCGAGUGAUGGGUUCAGCCGCCUCUUCUUCCUCAUCACCUGAACCUGAUGAGGGAUCAUCGAUCGCUGAAAGGAUAUCGAUUUUCCUCAAUCAGAAACCCCUCCGCAUGACGAAUAUGCUUAAAGUGGCCAGACUGAUCAGCGACUGUAGUUGCGAGGAGAAGUUAGUGAUCUUUGACGCGGGCAUCGUGCACUCGAUUUGUGAUAUGAUUGCACAGUGUGGAGCGGUGGAAACAGGACUGACACAGAGAUCAAUGGACCGACAAGACUCGGGCGAUGGUCGAAAGCGGCGACAAAGGCGAAAUUCGGCGAGUAACUCGCAUCGAGGAGUCGGCUAUGGACACGGGAGCACGAGGAGUCGAUGGGAUAUCGAGAGAACGGUGGAGGAGCGAUUGGCCCGGGAGGAGCACCUGAUUUGGUUACUCUCCGCAUUGACCGCCUACAUCUACACGAUUUCACCCGAUUUCUCGGAGGAUCAAAUUGAAAAGUUCGUCGAACACGAUCACUUGACGCCGCCAGUGGUGAAGUUGAUCGGUGAAUCGGCGGUGAUCCCCCUGCUCGAGUACCACCUCAAGAAUGACAGUGUUUUCGAUGUCUCUGAGCAUAUGGAAAUCUACCAGGCUCUCCUCGAGACGGCUGCCGCGAUGGCCACCGUCCCGUCGCUUGUCCCAUAUCUCGUCAAACCGUAUUCCCCACAAGCGAAAUCCGUGGCCAAACAACUUGUGCCGAAAUUCAAAGAGAUCAUGUCCGCGUAUCCGAAUGUUUUAAAGGGACAAAUGGGAUCCCCGGAUUUCCGCUUGAUCGAUUUCAUUCAUAAGAUUGAGCGAUACGCGGAAGUUGUGUUGAACGCGUCGCGCGAGUACGAGACUCAAUUGCCGCCAGAGGAGCGAAUUCGCACAGCUUCGACGGCUCGUCCACGAACGACACAUAGUGAAGUUUCAUUGAAUCGUCGCUCGUUUGACCUUUCCGAGGAACGAGUCGAUCCAUCAUCCGAUAUUUCUCUUCUUUACGGGAAAGCCCUUAAACACCUCCAAAUGCAAACAUAUCGAUUUAUCGGUGAUUACGGGAAACUCGUCGUCCCGUUCUCAUUUAAAAAAGAGGCCCGAAAUGUGAAUCCAUUCUCGCCGGCGCUAAAAGAGCGAACGAAACGAAUCGCAAAAGAGCUGGCCUCGAUGCCACAAGCGUUGCCAUUGAACGCCUCAAACAGUAUCUAUGUCUGUGUCGAUGAGGGAAGAUGUGAUAUCAUUAAGGUGCUAAUCUCGGGUCCCGACGACACGCCUUAUCAAAACGGGUUAUUCGAAUUCGACGUCUUUUUCCCAACUAGCUACCCUUUCUCUCCACCAAAAUGCGCUUUCCUCACGACCGGCUCCGGGAAUGUGCGCUUCAAUCCGAAUCUCUAUAACGAUGGAAAGAUUUGCCUCUCGAUUCUCGGCACAUGGGAGGGUCGACCGGAAGAGAAAUGGAAUCCCUAUUGCUCACUUUUGCAAGUUCUAAUCUCGAUUCAAGGGUUGAUCUUUGUCAAAGAGCCCUAUUUCAAUGAGCCUGGCUUCGAGAAAUAUCAGGGAACGGAAAAGGGUGAGGAUUACUCCCGAAAGUACAAUCUUCAAAUCGAACACGCUACAUUGACCUACGCGAUACGUGAUCAGAUGCGAAAUGGACCCGAGUAUUUCAAGAACGUGAUCCAGCGACAUUUCUGGUUGAAACGUCACGCGAUCAUCGAACAAGCGAAGCAUUGGUUGGCCGAGAUGCGAAAAGACGCGAUUGAGUCGGAGAGAAAUCCGAAGAGAAAAGAUUCCGUCUCGUUCGACACAAUGUACAACCCGUUCAAUCAGGAACGCGUCAUUCACAGUCUCAUCACCGAACUGCAAACGAUGACCUGUCCCGUUGAUCAAUAUGUU